AUGGAAGGUGAAGACGUAACUGCUUUGGUAAUUGAUAACGUAUGUCUCAUAUAUAUAUUUACUCAAGCAUUUCGAUAUAACUCAAAUAUUAAUGGUUCUGGUAUGUGUAAGGCUGGUUUCGCUGGAGAUGAUGCCCCACGUGCUGUAUUCCCAUCGAUUGUCGGUCGUCCAAGACACACUGGUGUCAUGGUCGGUAUGGGUCAAAAGGACUCCUACGUCGGAGAUGAAGCUCAAUCAAAGAGAGGUAUCUUGACCCUCAAAUACCCAAUUGAGCACGGUAUCGUCACCAACUGGGAUGAUAUGGAGAAGAUCUGGCAUCACACUUUCUACAACGAACUCCGUGUUGCCCCAGAGGAACACCCAGUUCUCUUGACUGAGGCCCCACUCAACCCAAAGGCCAAUCGUGAGAAGAUGACUCAAAUUAUGUUCGAGACCUUCAACACCCCAGCCAUGUACGUUGCUAUCCAAGCCGUCCUUUCCCUCUAUGCCUCUGGUCGUACCACCGGUAUCGUUAUGGACUCUGGUGAUGGUGUCUCUCACACUGUUCCAAUCUACGAAGGUUAUGCCCUCCCACACGCUAUCCUCCGUCUCGAUCUUGCUGGUCGUGAUCUCACUGACUACAUGAUGAAGAUCUUGACUGAACGUGGUUAUUCAUUCACCACCACCGCCGAACGUGAAAUCGUCCGUGACAUCAAGGAAAAGCUCGCCUACGUUGCCCUUGACUUCGAAAACGAAAUGCAAACUGCUGCCUCAUCCUCAGCCCUCGAGAAAUCAUACGAAUUGCCAGACGGUCAAGUCAUUACCAUCGGUAACGAACGUUUCCGUUGCCCAGAGGCCCUCUUCCAACCAUCCUUCUUGGGUAUGGAAUCUGCUGGUAUCCACGAAACCACCUACAACUCCAUCAUGAAGUGUGAUGUUGAUAUCCGUAAGGACUUGUACGGUAACGUCGUCCUCUCUGGUGGUACCACUAUGUUCCCAGGUAUUGCUGACCGUAUGCAAAAGGAAUUGACCGCUUUGGCCCCAUCCACCAUGAAGAUCAAGAUCAUCGCCCCACCAGAACGUAAAUACUCUGUCUGGAUUGGUGGUUCCAUCUUGGCCUCCCUCUCCACUUUCCAACAAAUGUGGAUCUCCAAGGAAGAAUACGACGAAUCUGGUCCAUCCAUCGUCCACAGAAAGUGCUUCUAA